UCACGUCCUUUGUGACUGAAAUUGUUGGGCCACUAACUUGUAAUUAUAUCUGGCAUUAUGUCAUAAGAGUUUAACAUGGGGAAGAUUUUUACAUUUUAAAAAGCCAUCCCCAUUCAUUUAUUGGUUUAUAGUUAAACUAAAAGGGAUGUCUCCUCCAGACCGAGAGAGGGUGUGCACGAGUGGGUUUCAGGUCCGUCCCACUGCAAUAACCUCCCUCUUUGACCAGAGCGAGGUGUAGCAGCGAGCAGCCAGAUGUCUGGAUGUGACUAUCAGCGGAGGCAUUUUUUUUAGAGCUGGUGACCACGCAGGUGGAAAGAACGCUCGAAAUAAACAAUAAAUACAGUGGAGACCGGGGGGCUGUGGAUGCAGAUAACGGCACGACGCGACACCCAUCAGUGUGAUUUACAGUCCAGUCUGCAUUGGUGGUGUUGAUGGCUGAUUAAUAACCAGUCGUAAAGAAGUGUGUGGGGGGGGGGGAUUGUGUGUUGCAGGAGGACAAGAGUGAAGGCACUGAUAGAGGAAGGAAGAGAGAGGAGGAGUGUGUUAAAGCGAGAGAGAGAGAGGAGUAGAUAAAGCUAGAGCCAGGAUCAUGAGCUCUGCACUGCCUUACGACUCGCUGUCUGCUCGGCCGAGUCCCAGCAGACAAGUUUUGGACUGGGAGCGCCAGCAGCUGGCUGUGCGAAGACUUUCCUCUCCCCGGGGUUUUGACCUGCUCUCUCCACCUCCUCUUCCUAGUCGACCCUCUGCGAUACCUGGCUACCUGCUGCCACCCUACCAAGAGCAGGAAGAGCAGCUCCACCAGCAGCAGCAGCGACUAUCCUUGUCCGUGGGUUCAGAGGCCUCCCUGGCACCCCCUGCACCGCCACCUGUGGGCGCUGCCCCACCCUGCUGCCGCCCAUUUGGAGUCAUGCACCUCCUCCGCCUGGGUCUCCUGGCCUUCAGCUGCCUCUUCUGGGCAGCAGGUUUAGCCAUCUUAAGCCUGGGUGUUUGGGCACAGAUUUCACUGGCAGACUACAUGUUGCUGUCUGCCAAUCGCUACCCCAACGCCCCGCUCAUCCUUUUAACCACAGGUGCAGCCAUCACCGCCUGGGGCUUCCUGGGUUGUCUAGGGGUGGCUGCAAAUCUCCCCUGCGUGCUCAGGGCUUAUGGGUUUUUUCAACUCGCAGCACUAAUAGCCGGUUUGGCAGCUGGACUCUCAGGUCUCUUCUAUCGCGAAGACAUUGCCGGAGGAUUUCGCAGCGGUUUACAGCGAGCGGUGGCCGGCUACACGGAGGAUGAGGGCCGUGCCGAUGCAUUAGACAGCCUGCAGAGGUCCCUGGAGUGUUGUGGAGCUGAUGGUUGGCAUGACUGGCUCACUUCGGACUGGGCUAUCCAGCAUAUGACCUUCCUGCUCAACGAGAAUGGCACUUCUGUGUCCCUGCCGGACAGCUGCUGUGUGAGACGCAAGGGCUGCAAGAAUCGACCCCUUCUGUCGGAUGAUGUUGAAGGAGUAACUGCUGCAGGAAUCCAUCCCCAUGGCUGCUUCCGCAAAGUCUUUAGUUUGGUCAACGACAACGUAUUCCACAUUGCUGCCACAGUAUUAGGAUUGGCCUUCACUCAAAUCGGAGGCAUCGCCCUGGCUUGUCUGCUGGCCAACAAACUGGCACCAAGACAACAUCGACGUGUAGUGGCACAUUAAUGGUUAAGGUUAAAAAAUUAGGUAACCCACGCCAAGGAAUGACCAAUUAGUAGAUAAUUAGGUUUGGGAUUGAACUUCGCCCUUAAAGAGUAAUACAGUUCUAAAGAGGGGAGAGUUAUUUUGAGCAUCCAGGUUUAUGGGAUUACAAAGUCUUGUUCAUUUUCUGCAUAGACAAUGUCAGAUGCAUUUGGAUGGGCAUUUAAAACUUUCCCCACACAAAAUCAGCCACUGCUUUUAUGAAUUACAUGGUUCUUCGAUAAAAACAGUCAAACGUACAAGCCUGCAUAAACUAAAACAUAAAAAGGAGAAUCUACUGCAAGUCCUGUUGAGCAUUUUGUCAACUUUUUGCAAGCAUUGCUAACGGCACGCUAAAGCUAAGGCUGACAUUUUGUAAAAAUCAGAUUACUUUCAGUUUCGGGUUCAAUUUGGACGAAUUGAGCGACUACAGCAAGGUGAAGAAAGCACAAUUUCUCAGAAUCUAGUCGUUAAAUAGUUAAAACUGAGGAUCAUAACAUAAACCUGUGGUAUUGUUAAAUUAUCUAAAAUACUUCGUUUCUAUAUUAAAGGUGCUCUAAGCGAUGUUGGGUGACAGCACUUAUUUGUUGACGUUCAAAGUAUUUUCUAACAAAACGAGGCUAGCUCGCCCCUCCCUCCUCCUCAUCCCAUCCCCUCUCCCUCCUUUCCGUGCUUCGGCGCACUAACCACCCUAACCCCCAAAUCCUGGGCUGUCUACAGAGACCACUUUUUUUUUUUUACAAUGUGUUCAGGGGAUGGGCAGCUCAUGGAUAGUGAGGAGAUGUUUGCUUUAUGUGAUAAAAAGUGUAGCCUAAAAAACAUGUGACAUCGCUUAGAGCACCUCUUAAGGAACAUUAACAUUAAGAAAAUUUGGGAAUUUAGUGGUAAAAAGAAAAUACUUCAGGAACCAGCAUCUCUUCAAACUUUGCAAGUCUUUGCAUGACUCUGUCUACUGCACAAUAAAAAAUACUUCUUUCAGUGUGGAAGGGACAAAUGGGUAGGGUGAGGGGUGUGUCCAUUCGAUACCUGCAAAGGAAAAGUCUGACAUCACAAAUUAGGGUGGAACCGUAAAUCUCAAAAACUAGAUGGCAGUGCAAGGAGACUCUGUUCUCUGAUUUUGUUUCAGAAAUGUUUAAAUGUUGGCAUGGAUUAAUAUGCUUCAUUAUAUAAAAUGUAAAAGCUAGUAUUAUUUAGGGUUAAACUACCCUCAUUUUGGUAGAUCAUGCGAUUUAGCACACCUCAACGCUGAAUGUGCAGGAAUGUUCACCAGCCGUUUUCCACUUCAGAUGAUUUAGUCUAGCUGUGUUUAACAGAUGUUCACAUCUGCAUCAUUUAGUUUUCCAAUCACAAAGACUACACUGUGCUUGAAUGGUGCUUUUGAAAAGAGCUUAAUAAUCUAUUGCUGUCUGUGGUAUUUUUUGUGUUUAUAGUCAUCAUUUCCACUGUGUUAAGGUGCUUUGGUAACUUUGACUGCUUUACAUAGUUUCUUCCAAAUGUCUCUGUGUUGCUAGUUCGUUUGGUAGCACAAACUCAGUCAAAAGGCACUGAAUAAUUGUAAAUAGCAUUUUUUACUACAUUGGCAUGACCCAGAUGUGCAUCCCCCUUUCUAGCAUGAAACUUUCUCUUCUUCAACAUCAAACUAAUGUUGACAUAAAAAAAAUAGCUCAAAAUGUUCAGAAAAAUCUUUAUUCGCUUUUUUGCACAGUAGUAAGAUGAUUGAUAUCACUCUGAAAAAGAUGAAGCUAAUGCUAGCAGCCGCUUAGCUUAACCUAGCAUAAAGACUGGCGCAAGGGGAAACAGCUAGCCUAGCUAGUUAAUUUUUGUUUAAUCCGUACAAAAGGAAUACAUCAUAAAUAUACACUUUAUAUCUAAUUAGUGAGCGUUAGAGGACUUGGUAGAUAUAUUUUGUUACCAUUAGACAGAGCUAAGCUAGCAGCUUCCACCUGUUUACAGUCUUUUUCCUACACUAAGCUAACCAUUUUAGGCUGUAGCUUUAUUUUUAGCCAGGGCUACCAACUCUCACAUUGAGGCCAAGUUUUAUCACAAAUAAAAGUUCGAACUCUGUUUCCUUGCAUCAUGUUUAUUAUCAAAAGGGUUUUUUAGUGUUGCUGCUGAAAUUCAAUGUCUGACCUUGUAUAUUUGCAGUGUAGUUGCAUUAUUGUGCGCGUAGAUGUGUUUCCAAUAGGCUACUGAAUGUAGGCUACCCUCUCUAAUCAUUUAAGUAAAUUAUAUAAAAUAUAAAUAAUGUAAUAAUGCAAACGCAGUUUCUGCAGUUGUCUCAUUGAACAGAUUUUGGGUGUUGCUCAGGCUUAAUUAUAAAUUCAGCUGUCAGCCAUAUGUCAGAAUAUGUGUGAUAUUUAGAUGUUGAAUUAUUGUGUUUUAAGACUUCAGUGUAUCACAGACGUAAAGGUUUUUUGUUCCUCAAACAAACUAAAGAGUCAGAUCACAUAAUCCCAAUGAUCUAUGAAUGAAUGAUCUAACAACAAAAUAUGAAAGUCAAAAGAGUGGUAUCUAUCUUCUCAUUUUACUCUCUGCAGGAAAUCAAAUAUGUAUAUUUGCCAAAAUGUGUAGCCACACCAUAGAUGAAUGUGAAUGUGUUUUUCUCAUAUGAACUUGUUAUUACAUGUUUAAAGAUUAUUAUAUGCACUGAGAUAAUACAAAUCCAUUCGCCU